AACAAAAUGUCAGGCUCCAUACGUAAAAGACAACGAAGAGAAAAUUCAGAAGAUGAAUGGACGGGCGAAUCUUCUGGUUCAAGCCAAACAUUUAUACCUCACGAUACAAGUGAAUGGACUGAUAAUACCCUUCGUAAACUUAACCUUAGUUGGGAUCGAACCAUAAUAAACAGUCCUCAUGAGUUACUAGAUUUAGUUAAUGUCCCUCCCUUGUCGGAGGAAAUGGAAAAUACUUCUACGUAUAUUGAGAAAAAACUCGAUUUCGACAUGACAUUUGAUGAUAUUGAUCUUGACUUCAAAGCUACUUAUGAUAAAUUCUCAGACUUGCAACAACUUCUGCGAAAUUCUGCUGGAGAAACUCCCAAGGUUUAUAUCAAUUCAUUUGAACAGGUUCGAACAUAUGGAAUUGAAUUUCUAGCAGCUUUAAAAAAACUUGUUGUCAGCAGGGCCUAUGCACUGAAUAGUUAUAAAGCAUCGUUUCUGACCAUUUUGGAGUCCUUCUGCAAGAUGUGUCAGUUAUUUGGAAGUAAUGUUUAUAUGAAAAGAAGAAGUAAGAUUCAAGGCCAGGAAGUGAAUUCAAAACCUGACCUCGUCUUUGAGAUUGACAAUUCACCAUUUGAGACGGCACACAAAUUAGAGAAUUUUAGUGGGGCAUCUACAUUAUGUGUGGCGGAGGUUAAAAAACACAAUCAUUCCAAAAUUCAUAAAAAAAGGCAAGAAACCAGAUCUUCAGAAACAACAAGUGACAAUUCAUAUGUUGAUAAAGACUUACGGGAAACAUAUGCAAUAACUAAAGAACCAUUACUGCCAUAUGAAAUCAAUGGUUCAGCUAAACAUGCAGGACAGCUGUUACUAGAAACUAAACAUUCAUUGUUUCUUUUUUCAAAGGCCAGCAUUGGAGUAAUGUUUACAGAAACAAAGGUGAUGAUGACCUGUCUGAAACUCAGCCGUAAUUACCUCCUUCACAUGGAGAAAGUAUUGAAUGAAACAGACAGUGGUACCAUAUAUUGUACUAAGAUGUAUGACAUUCUUAAAGCAGAAGAUAGAAAAGAACUGGUUACUGCUUUAUUAAGGCUGAGCUGCUGUGCAGAUGCUGUAAAGUUGACAAAGUCAUAAACAUUUUCUAAAGCAUAGUCCUCGUUUAUAUAUCAGUAUAUAUAUUUUUUGCAUACUGUAAAUUUAGGAAAAUUUGUGCAUGUAUUUAUGUUUGCAAUUUUGGAACAAUGUACAAAAAUGCUAGAUGCUUUAUUGUGAAUGCAGGAAAUACUGUAUACAAAAAAUAAUGCCAUCAAAUUUAAGUUUUUUUACUUUUGAGGCAUCUUUUCUGUCACCAUUUUCACAAUAAUGAAAAACAUUGUAAACAUAUUUGAGUUUACAGUACUUUUACGUGCAUUUUUAAACAAAGGAGGAUGUAUGGAAAGGGCUGUUAAUUAAGUCUUGUUAACAUCUGAAGAAUGUUUUUUGAUAUACAGUGAAACCUGUCUAUAUUAAACUUCUUGAGAAAUUCAGAAUGUGUUCUGUUUUGGCAGAUGUUUGGUUUGAUCAGGUUCACAAUACAUAAAAUUUAAUAUGAUUGAACACGUUUGGUUUGGUUUAGACAGGUUUUUGGUUACUUCAAGAUUCGGUUUAGACAGGUUUUUUUGUUAAUGCAAGAUUCAGUUAAGGUAGGUUUCACUGUAUCUUCAAGACUUUUUGUUUUUUUAAUUUUACGGGCUAAGCCUGGCUUUAUCACACCUUUUAUUUUAAUGUAAAAAGUUCUUUGUUUAAUACUUGAAAUAACAAAUACAAAAAGGUCAGUAAAUUGAUUAAAGAAAAGUAGUACUUUUAAGAUCUGUGUUAAAUGGAGAAAAUCUAAAUCUGUAAAAACACUUGUUGUCAUUAAUAUCAUGUGUUAAUAUUUAAAUUAUUGGCUUCUGUAUAUUUCUUCAGGUUAGAAGACAUAGAUGUUUUAUACUUAAAGGGGUAUUAUCUACGAGAUAUGAAAAAAAAUAGAAUAUAAUUUUGUUUGUUUCAAUCAUUAAUAAAUGUGAAAUAAUAA